AUGAAGAACGACAGUGGUGGAGAUGAUCAGACGGCUAACGACACGACGGUCUCAGCGACGUUCUCUCACACAAAUGUUUUCGCUUUAAAUAAUGGAAGAAAUAAUGAAGAACCUAGAACUGGAACGGCAUUUGGUUCCGAAGAAAAUGUUACCCGAUAUUACACUAGUUAUGCUAAACAAAUGGGUUUUGGAGUUGGAAAAAUAAGUUCGAAAAAUAGUGAUGAUGGAAAGAAAUACUUUACUCUAGCAUGUAAUUGUGCAAGGAAGUAUGUGAGCACUUCAACGAAUCCUUCGAAGCAAUAUCUUACCUUGAAAACACAAUGUAGAGCUAGGUUGAAUGCGUGUAUAGCUUUAGAUGGAACUAUUACUGUUUGA